AUGGAUGGUGCAUUUAAAGGUCAUAUGAUUCGCGUGACACUGUUCAACUCGAGUGCAGCGGUCGAAUCUCAAGCACGAUUGAAUGACACUAAAUGGCAUUUACUAAACCUUGAAUUUGCAAAUGAUGAGGUCCGCAUUGGAGUCGAUGAUCAUAAUUCUUUUGCUGCAGUUCUCAGUGACGACAUUCCAGAAGGAGAUCUGGCCACGCCCCCAAAAUCAAGUAUCUCACCAUACUGCCAAGAUCGCUGUAUCGAAAAUUACUGCCAGAAUGGUGCGCAGUGUGUUGAGGACUUCACAGCCGAUGCCGCUGUUUGUCGUUGUAAGAAUCCAAAUGUUCAAAGUGGACAAAAUUGCGAAAUAGACAUCAAUCGAAACUCGUCCGUUUCCUUCUAUGGUGGAUUUUUGAAGUACGAGUUAUCACAUAAUCCGCUAAUUGAGCAGACAGUGUUUUCGUUUCGUACGGACCAACCACAAGCUUUGCUGAUGUUCGUUCACGACCACAACAAUAACUUCAUGCAGCUUCAUCUUUCGGAAGAGGUCAAUUUGACAUUAUCACUGAACAACGAAGACGUCGUUCAUUCGUGUACUGUCAGAGCACGUCCUGGGACGGAGUACGGUAACAUGCAGUGGACUCAGUCAUCAACUCUAACAGUGGACGAUGAUGCUUGCACCAUACAUGCCCCAAGAAAACUUGCCGAACAUCCUAUACAGAAAUUUUCGCAUGUCUUUACAGAUAUCGUAUUCAUCCCUGUUGGGCUGAACUCUCCUACAGAUCCCAAGCCGUUCGUUUAUACUUUUGUGGGCGGAAUCGAGCGAGAUAUUCCAUCAAAUGAUGGAUCGAUGAUUCUGCGGCCGAUUUAUCAAUGCGCUGUGCCUGAUUUGCUCGGCUGUUUACGCGGUUUACGGAUUGGUGAAGUGAUAGAUUUGCGUCAUACUGAACAUGGCUACCGACCAAAUGAUCCGAAGCUGGUCCGCAGUGGAUGCGAGUUAGGAUGCAGUUCGUUAGAUUGCAAAAAUAGUGGGCAUUGUUCGGUAGCAUGGCAAGAGAAUGCUGAUGUUACAUGUGACUGUUCGCGGACGAGUUAUACUGGGACAGACUGUACUGAAGGUGACUUCUAUCAGAGCGAUAGAAUAAUCAUUCUGAGACAACCUUUAAUUUAUAGUGCAAUUACAGACAACGGCUUUACAAUUUAUGCCACUGCUUAUUUCACCUUCGACAUCGACCGCUUCCUCUCACGCUACAUCCUGACUCCAGCGAAGACAACACAAACUCUACAAUUUGCUUUCGCUCCAUUGUCACCGUCCACUCACCAUCAACACCUUGCCACGAUUUACUUCAAGGAUGAGAGGCUCUUAGAGGUGAUCUUGAAUCGAAAUGGAUCGAUUAAUGUAGGGAUAAUAAGUGACGAGAAAAGGGAUGUGGUCAGGACAUUUGUUGGAAAUUACUCGGAUGGCUAUCGUCACUUCCUUGUUGCACGGUUUGGUGCACAUCAAGCUACCACGGUUACUGUGAGUCUUUGUACUCACUUAGGAAGAGAAGGAUAG